UUUAAAUCAUUAUGAGAUCAGCAUGGCCUAACCCUAGCAAUGGUAUCUCCCAAAUCCAAGAUGGCGGCCGCUACUGAAGAUCCGGCGAUUUUGAGAAGAAAUCGUCCUGGCACAAAAGCGCAGGACUUUUACAGCUGGCCGUACGAGCCGUUUGAGGAGAUGGACAGCACGCUGGCUGUACAGCAGUUCAUCCAGCAGAACAUCCGCCAGGACCACAACAACAUCGACAAGAUCCUGGAACCCCCCGAGGGGCAGGACGAGGGGGUCUGGAAGUACGAACAUCUCAGACAAUUCUGCUUGGAGCUGAAUGGCCUGGCGGUAAAGUUACAGGUAAAUACGGAGUGCAACCCGGAGACCUGUACCCAGAUGACAGCUACAGAACAGUGGAUCUUCCUGUGUGCAGCACACAAGACACCUAAGGAGUGUCCAGCCAUAGACUACACUCGCCACACACUAGAUGGAGCAGCUUCCCUACUCAACAGUAAUAAGUACUUCCCUAGCAGAGUCAGUAUAAAGGAGUCUUCAGUAGCCAAGCUGGGGUCCGUUUGCCGCCGAAUCUACAGGAUAUUCUCACACGCCUACUACCACCACAGGAACAUAUUUGACGAAUUUGAGAAUGAGACCUGCCUGUGUAAGCGGUUCACUGUGUUUGUAACCAAGUACAACCUCAUGUCCAAGGACAACCUGAUCGUACCCAUCCUAGAGGAGGGGCCUGGGGAGAGUGAGGCCUAAAGGGGGAGGAGCUUUAAAGAAAUGAAGGCUAAAGGGGGAGGAGCUUUGAAAUAAUAAAGGCUAAAGGGGGAGGAGCCUGGGGAGAGUGAAGGCUAAAGGGGGAGGGGCUGUGAAAUAAUGAAGGAUAAAGGAGGGGUUUUAAAAAAGUGAAGCCUAAAGGGCAGGACAGGGCUCUAGCCAGCGUCCGUUUUUCCGUCAAUUGACGGAAAUUUGCUGCGUGUGACGGAAAAAUUUGAAAACCAAUCCGUCAACCUUGAUGGACAAAAAUCCUUGGUGGAAGCUACAGGCGGAUUGGGGACGCCGUAAAAGCCACACACUGUUUGUUUUGCUAUUGUUAUGAUUGUUGACAAUGUGUGUCGGUGCCCUUUUGCAUACGAUAAUCUCAUUAAAAACCCGUUUUUCAAGGUCUCAGUUCAGUCUCCCUAGCUCCUGGAAUAGUGUUUUCGCGACAAUGGGAAUUGGCUGACGGAAAAAGAUUUCGAGCUGGCUAGAGCCCUGGGGCAGGGGCUUGAAAAAGUGAAGCCUGAAGUCUAGAUCUAGGAGAUGGGUAUAAGAGGGGAGGGUGGACAAACAUUAGUAACCAACGAUAGCAUUUUUUAUUUUAGGUUCCCAAAUAGCACAGAUUAGGGGUAUGGUACACAAAACUUCAAAGUGAGAAGUAUUGUAGAAGUAUUGUAUGAACACUUAUUUUGUUGAUAAAGAAAAACAAGAGCUCAACAUGCUAGUUGAUACUUCCUUGGGUCGUGAAUUCUAUAUAACAAGGUACCUAAGAAAGUUAUGUGUACACUAUACUAACUGAAAUAUACUCUGUAAUAUCGCAUCCUAAUAUGGUUUUAAAUGUGAAUGUGGCUAAGGUUGUCAUUUUAAUUCACAAAGGAGGUUGUAAAGAUCAUUUCAUGAUAUUUUGAGUAAUACAUACUUGUUAGAGUACAGACAUAGUUAUAUCUGCAUGUAUGUGCAAAUAGGCAGUAACAGUUAGUUGUUGUUUUUUUAUUGUUUCUCUAUCAUGACUGAAAAAAGUCAUAUGAUUAACAACAUUUAGCUUUAAGAUAGAAUUUUGUAUACAACAAAUGAUGUGAUGGAAUUUGUUUCUUUUCUACAGAGUACUAGUAUGAAGAUUUGUGAAUUGUACAAAACACUUUUUUAUCCAUAUUUAGAAACAGCCAUGUUUUUCUAUGAUUAAUGUGUAUGCGGUUUCUGUAUGUCACAUUUUGUGCAGUUAUUUUAUGUAGUCUAAUGAAUAUUGGUACAUGUGAUCAGUUGUAGUCUGGUUUGUUGUCUUACUUUUCUUCUAAAACUUCCAAAUAAACUAACAUCAGAAAUAAAAAUAAAAGCAGAAAUACA